AUUCAGUGCCUUUGUAUCUACCGGUACCAGUUCAAAAACAAAUGAUUUUGACCGACGGCGACUAUCUGUACUGGCUGCGGGCUCCGGAAUAUCGAAUGAUUCGGGCGGUGCCUCUUCAAUGUCAAUAUUGUCGGGAUCUGCUGGAUCAGCUGUUAUGCUGAUUUCCCGAUUGAACAAGACCCUUCUCUCACGCUGACCGUAACUGGCUCCGGGAAAUGACCUUUUGGAGAGAUUCGAUGGGCGAUCUUUCGAAAUGAUUGGCACUACAGGAACACUUGGUGAUCUGGUCAAUGUACGAGAGUUGGACAUGCUUGCACUGUCAGGCACAAACACGACAGGCGAUACAAUCGCAGAGGCUAACAGAGUUUCUGUAUUCUAAAAGAGUUGUUAACUUGAUACCAAGUUUCUCUGUAGUGUCAACCAUAGACUGGGUUCGGUUUUCAUAAGUUUCAAGAUUAUCUUCAUGCUAAGAUUACUGUUAAACCUUAAGUCAAAAAUUGUUUACGCUGAGCAUUCUCUAGCUAUGACAUAACGCCACUUAUCAUAAAAUUAUGACAGAGGUCUUUCAGAGUUUCUACCGCAUGUGUUUCCUCGAACGCUUUGCGAAUUGCUCGUCUCCUGUAUACGAUCCCGUGAGCUUAUUUGUAUUUCUUGUACUGUGAGUCUCUCCAUCGAUUUCAAAACACGUGCUUAUAUUAAACACCACGCGGAGCUCACUCUAAGAAGAUCAAAAACGACAGCGCACUCCACUGUGAUCAUGCCUGCAAAUACAUGUGUUAAAUGAGGAGCCUUGACCUUUCUAGCAUAAACUAGUUAAUGCACAAAAAAUGCCACUGGCUACCUCAGAAGCCGAAAAAUGCGAUCGUGCUGUACAGCCCAAACCGAUCAUCAAAGUUGUGGACUUUGAUGAAAGAACGAUAAAAUCGACAUCCUUCAACGAGGAAACAUGCGUUCUGGUCGGGCCAACAAAUUCACUUGUUCCACCGCGACCUGUGCGAUAUCCUGCGUGCAGGAAAAUGCCCAGCCGUGUGGUUGUUCUGGAUGAAGCAUCGGUACAACGAAAAGCGGAUUUCGAGACGCUCUUGUUGAACUUGAUGCAGGGUCAUUUUGCGUUAGCGCUUUUGGGCUCUAUACUCUGGUGCAUUUUUGGCGCAUUCAUUCCGAUUGUAGCCAUCAAAACAUCCGCAUCGUCAUCACGUAGCCAAUGGCUAUACUGGUUGGUAUCCGCUGCAGCCUACGUGGCCGUGGCACUGGUAGUGUGGCAGUGGAUCUGCAUGUUUGUCAUUGGUUAUUCUCGUUUCCGCUUCAGCAGAAUAACAAAGAAACUGCUUCAUCUAACCGGGAAAAUCUCCUCGGCGGAUAUCAAGUAUCUAAGAAUCUUCAACUCCAUGGCGACUGGAGUGUUUCUCCUUGCGCUCGGCACAUCUUUCGAAGGAAUGUUCAGUAUCAUUCGCAUACACUCGGUGGAGUUCCAGACGGAAGAGAAGUCCAGCAUGUUUCGUGUGGUAUACAUUUUCUGCACAACGAAAGUUGUCUAUGGCCUUUUUGUAGCCGUAAUCAAUGCGCAUGUGUUUUCCAAACAGAUCACAUACUUUCUACGGCGCCGUGAGUUAGCUGUCGCUCUGUCGCAACUGGCGUAUAAACAUUAGAACAAGGAUGCGCAUUCUGCUUGCCCAAAAAUAGUGCAAGUAAAUAAGCAUCCGCGUGCCUUUUUUUAGGGAUUUCGUGUUCGAUUGAUUUAAAGCAGCAGUGUCGUAAUGUACGUAAUUCCCUGACAGCCAUACGGUUACUACUAUUAACGGCUGUUCCUGCUUCCUAAUAGCUUCUUGGAUGUCUGAUGUUUGCUAGAUUGUCAAGCUGCGGUAAUAUUACAUUGUACAAUAUUUUUAAACGCGGCAUAUGAUUUGGCGGCACAUCGAACAGUUAUGAUCCCGAAAGAUACAGAACGAGCAUGCACUUCCGUGGUUGUGACAUCUGACAAUAAACUACACUCCAACCCUGGUGGGCCAUUCCGGUCGUCGUGGGCACUCUCCCUUGAGCAAGUCUCCGCUGAGAAGGCCCAGGCGUUCCAAAAUCUGUUGCUACAAAUAGCCAUUGGCAACGCAGUCCUGUGGUUUUUCGGAGCCACUCUUCUCAUUACUGUCGGUUUCGAGCAUGUGGAACUAGCGUUGGUUGGAUGGGUUUCGCUGAUUUGCUGCCUCACUUUCGUGGUCCGUAGCCGCAGUCAGACAACCAGGCAAGAGAUAUUGACCGUCACGCGCACGCAUCACAUCUUGUACACGGAUGUUUUUGCGCUGAAACUAUUGGCCGGAAUGGUCAUCACAUCCGCCAUGCUCGCACUGGCAACACUGUCGCAUCGUUGUGAUCGGUGCAGACGGUUAACUGCGCGGUCUCUCCUUCACACACGUUCCUCAUCCUUCCCGAAUUUCUCCUCGUCUUCCAAAAGCCACUCAACGAAAGAAAUGUUGACAGUCGAGGUAGCUGUUCCUUUCAAGAACUCCACCGUCACAAUCGGGGUUGAAGGUUCCUACACGUUGGAGCAAAUUCGGAACAUGAUCUCUGCAAAAAUCCGUGCUCCUGUUGAGUCGAUCGAGAUUGGCGGUGUAACACACUAUAGGAACUGGACGACGACGAGGCUCAAUAAGACUCAGUUUGCGCCGGGCAUGGUCUUAAUUGCCUUUGAGACGCCCUCUGGACGCCAUAGCCCAACACAUUUCUCUCCGGCGCCAGUCAGUCCUGCGCCAUCGGCCUCCGUCUCGGCCCCUGCUCGGGUCUAUCAGCUGGUCCAUCCGUACCGCUCACCGUCACACGCCAGAUCUUCGGCAGGGUCCAUCCCGUUGGCACGCUCGCUUUUACCAGGAGCCCGAGCCACGUCCCGAGCCGUGUCUAACGCUGGUUCCACGGGGAGCCGGCCGAGCCGCCCUGCAAGCGUUAUGGAGCCUCCGCCAGCACCGGCCCCGUCACGCAGCCGUUCACCGGCAGAGUCCGUAGCUAGCCGUACACGCAGCGCUCGUGGUGCCUCAGAUGCCAAUCGGUCCGCACCGGCGGCAAAGCCUGGAAAGCAGCUGAUUUCACUGCGGAACAACACCGGCUCUUCUCGGACUCCCGUCACGGCACAGCCUGGUGCAUCAGCGGCGUCGGCUGUGGGAUCUGCUCGCGCUCUCGACGGUGAUUAUCCCGUCGACGUUAUCCGGACCAUUGUGGUCGAAAACAAACGUCUGCCGGUAGUCACGUUUACGGAUUGCCUGAUGGACUGGCCGGAUAUAAACACCGAAGAGGUGUUCUUCGAGGAGUCGACUGCCAAACUCGAAGACCUGGUCGAUCUGCGUCGAGAAGGGACGGGAUAUGCUAAGAUUGCCGAAGAUACCGAGGCACGGAAAAGAGCGCAUCAAGGCACAAAGUUCUUCCAGUGCCCGUUUUGCCUCCAGCUUCAAGGAACUCCGGGUCACCCGGACAACAUGGUCCGACAUGUGUUCGGAACGCAAGGACAAUUUCCCUGCAAAGACUUCUGCAAUGGUCCGUUCCGUUCGGACUAUCUUCUCGGCAGAAUUGCGUUGGAAGCACUGGAAGUGCCGUUCCCUUAUGUCUACAAAGAUGAAGACAAUAACAUCAUCGACCGACAGUUUCGCGAGUGGCCGGAAUCCACAGCAGACAUUGUCUUGCGAAUCCGGCCUGAAGAUGAAGCCGAUGCCGAGCGGGCGCGCCGGGACAACAAUGUGGUUACGGAUGAUGAGGACGAGUCGGACGACGAUGGCGGAGCGGACGAGAUGGACCCAGCGGCCGGAGCGGACGAAGCGGACGCGGAGGAGAAAUCGGAUGGUGGCGUAGGACGGUCGGGAGGCCAGGGACGAGGCCCGCGCGGUGGACGACGAGGCCCGCGCGGUGGACGACGAGGGAGGGGCGGUCGUAAUGCUCCACGUGCUCGACCUCAACGGAAGUGAAGAGCAGUUGGUUGCGUAUUCGUGCAACAACUCUAGCCAUGACUUUUUGUAUAUUCUUUUGUUUUGGUUCAUCCCGUGUUUAAGGGAAUGGUUAUCACUGUAUUACUUCUUUUUUGUAAAACAUGUUAUCGUUGUACAGUGUGACAAAUGAACGGUCUGUUUUGUUUUCAAACCGAAGAAACUGCAACGUGCGAAACAAUCACGGGUCGAACGGUUGUUAUGGUU